CAAGACUCCAAGAUACUUAACUCCUCCACUUGGGGCAGGACCUUAUCCCUGACCCAGACAAGGCGUUCUACCCUUUUCCGACAAAACUGUUUAAAACUCAACAUAUUUUAUUUUUUAGGGAUCUCGUCGCCUCCAGAGUCCUUUAGUUUUAAUACUUAAAGUUCAAAUCUUCAUUUAUUCUGGUUCAAGUUUUUCACUUGCAGCAGAAUGAAAAUCAGCACCUCCAGCAGCCCUUUGUGUCAUUGUGGCUUCUUGUCUUUAGAGUGACCUUUUUGUCUUUAUCUCCAGAGAGGAGUGACACAGAUCUGUAAUCAGCUGAAACACAAGAGCAUACACAUCUCAGACGUGGGCCCGGGUGUGUCCUUGGCCCGUGUCAUCUACAAAAACCUCAGACGUUUGUCCUGAAAGUGGCAUUCACACCAGAAAAUAUCUACCUGCAACAUGAGUCUCACAACUAAGGACAAGGACACUGUCAAGGCCUUCUGGACCAAAGUGUCAGGCAAGGCGGAGGACAUCGGCUCAGAUGCUCUGUCCAGGAUGUUGCUGGUUUACCCCCAAACCAAGACCUACUUUGCCCACUGGAAAGACCUGAGGCCCAGCUCUGCCCCGGUGAAGAAGCACGGCAGGACGGUGAUGUCUGGAAUUGGGGAUGCUGUGAGCAAGAUCGACAAUCUGACAUCAGGUCUCCUCAACCUCAGCGAGCUGCAUGCCUUCACUCUGAGAGUGGAUCCUGCAAACUUCAAGAUUCUCUCCCACAACCUCCUGGUGGUUUUUGCCAUCAUGUUCCCCAGCUACUUCACCCCUGAGGUCCAUGUAGCCAUGGACAAGUUCCUGUCAGCCGUGGCGCUGGCUCUGUCCGAGAAAUACAGAUAACCUGCAGGAACAGAAACAGCCCCAUCACCCCUAUGGGCGGAACUGGAGAGCAGCGAGCCAUCUGCCACUCAUCAGUAGGCUUCUUAAGGAGCAGGGAGACGCACCUCAGCGCUGGAUGAUUACUCAAUCUUGGUAGAGCUACCUGAGUGUCACGAGCCUUUUAUCUUUUGACUAUUGUCUUCCGAGCUUCGUUCCGAGUAACCUCACCCUGCUUCUCCCUCUCCUUCAGGUCGAUCCUCCACUUACAGAACCUGCCAUUAAUCACGGAUCCACGCCUGUCUCCCGCUCCAGCCUCUUCUGACCAGCCAGCUCUCUGCCGCCUCCGCACCCUCCCCCCUCUCAGGACUCCGAGGAUUCACCCUGUCGUCCUGCCACUCACCUGCCAACCGGACCCUCCUCUCUCCUCUCCUCCCUACCCCGAACUCUGAGCCCCAGGAUUUUGGACUAAAAAAGGAACUGAGCUAAGCUCCUAAUCAUCACCUGCCUUUAACGGUGCUCCUUUAGUUGAGAUUAAUAAAUUAUCUGCUUUUUUCUCACCCAUCCUCCUGACUCUGAAGUUGAUUCUGUAUGUCUUGGGUCAGACGGU